CGGCGGACCGGCCGGUGGGGGCGGUGCCGCGGCAGAUUACACGCAUUGGGACGAGAAGAGCGGCAGUGGUGUUGGACAUCAGCAACGCCAUGAUAUCUCCUCAGACGCGGCUCCUAGUGCCGCUGGUUCUAGCUGUGGCGGCUGCCGAGGCAGGCCGCGUGCUCAUGAUGGCUCCCCUCGGCGGCAAGUCCCAGAAGCAGCUCUUCUACGGACUGGCCAAAGGACUCGUGGAACGGGGACAUGAAGUCGUGUUCUUCAAUGCGUUCAAGCCCUCGACACCGGUGAAGGGCGUCCGUGAGGUCGUUCCCGAGGAACUGGCCAAGGUGUUCUCGGACGAGAACUUUCCCAACGUGUUCAAAAUGAACAAAGAAGGAGCGUUUUAUGCUGGUAUCAGCCAGUUCCGUUUCAUGUUUGUCGAUGGCCCUAAAGCCGCCCUUGCCAGCAAGGAACUGGAUGAGCUGAUCCAAGAGGAAUUCGAUGUCGUCAUCUGCGGAGUGUUCGGCUAUCCAGUUUACUUCGUACCCUAUCUCAUGAAAAAGCCGUUCAUCCUGUUGACACCUAUGGCACAUAUGCCUUUGCAAACAAAUCCAGUGGGAAAUCCAAAUCUUCCUGCACUACACCCGUUACCGCUGCUGCACGUGUCGGAGACGAUGGGCUUCUUUGCCCGUGUCAAGAAUGUCAUAGCCCAUAUUGUCGUGCUUUCGCUGGGAAAGAUGGUGUUUGCCCCCUAUUGCGACCGGCUGAUUGCAGAGAAGUUCGGAGAUGGUGUCAUCCCUCCGGCUCUAGAGAUUGAGAAGAACGCCAGCCUCGUCCUGUUGAGCAGCAACCCUGCUGUUCACUAUCACAAGCCCUUGUUGCCAAACACAAUCCAGGUGGGAGGCAUGCACUGCCUGAAGCCCAAACCGCUGCCCAAAGAGUUGGCCGACUUUCUGGGUGAUUCAGAGUUUGUCUUCUUCAGUUUGGGCUCAAUAAUGCAGCCUCGGGACAUGUCCCCAGAGCAGAAGGCGGCCAUUCUUGCCGCGCUUGGCUCUCUGCCUUACAAAGUGCUACUCAAGUGGGACACCACGGACCGCAUCGGCCUGCCCGCCAACAUCCUCCCCUCCAAGUGGCUGCCGCAGCAGGACAUUCUCGGCAGCAGCAAGUGCCGGCUGUUCAUCUCUCACGGCGGCUUCGCCAGUGUUCUGGAGUCGCUCUGCCAUGGUGUACCACUACUCACCAUGCCCGGCUCGGGGGAUCAUCACUACAACGCCGUCAACGCCGUGUCUCUGGGCGUGGCCGAGCUGCUCUCCUGGGACGAGCUGACGGCGGAGAGCCUGCGCUCGGCCAUGGCGGCGGCGCUGUCGGCCGAGCGGCUGGCGGCGGCCCGCCACCGGCAGCGGCUGAUGGCCGAGCAGCCGGUGCCGCCCCGUGACCUGGCCGUCCACUGGGUGGAGCACGUCAUGCGCCACGGCGGCGCGCCGCACCUGCGCUCCGUCGGCGCCGAGCUCAACUUCUUCCAGUACUACUCGCUGGACGUGCUGGCCUUCUUGCUGGCCGUGCUGCUGCUGGCACUGAAGCUGCUGAUUGCCAUGUUGAAGUGCUGUUGUCGCUGUGUGUGCGUUCGGAGGACGCGUCGGGUGCCGGCCGAGACGAAACCCAAGGCUAAGCGAGCCAAACGCGACUAGCCCGCGACAAAAAUGAUUUUGAGUAGGUUUAUGCAUGUCACUGAGAUUGUGCACAUGCUUAUGGCGAAAAUCAAUAUCUUCGGUUGAACAUUUAUUAGGUCAGGUAGUUACUUGCAUAUUGCAUAUUUAAGGGAACAUUCCUCGUUCCUCAAGUUAGUUUUUUGUUUGUUGUACAGUUUU